GUUUGUAUUAGACUGCACUCCCACGUUGCCUUGCUUUAUAUAAACUGAAGAAUGACUCGUUUUACUUUUAAAAUCUGAGAAACAUCACAUUCUUUCCUUCACCCUCAUUCGUCCCUCUCCCCUUCAUAACAAUGGAUCCUCCAUUUGAAGAGAAAUACAAAUCCCUCUUAACCAAUGGUACUCUAUUAUCAAAAGACAAGGAUGAUGUUAUAAUGAGUUAUUACGAGGAGCAUGAGCUGCCUAUCAUAGAUCUUCACCGUUUGACUCUCUCCUUCUCGGAAAGAGAGCAAUGUAUAAAAGAGAUAAGGCGGGCUGCACGUGAAUGGGGCUUCUUUCAAGUUGUGAAUCAUGGGAUUCCACAGGAGAUUUUGGAGCGCAUUCAACUGGAGCAAAGGAAGCUUUUCCAUCAUCCAUUCAGCAAAAAGGCUGAAGAAAACAUUUUGAAUUUGUCUGAAAACAAUGGUUACAGAUGGGGUAACCAUACAGCCACUUGUUUGAGGCAGAUAUCAUGGUCAGAGGCCUUCCACAUGCCUCUUACAGAUAUUUCAAAAAUUGGUGGUGACAACAAGAGUCUCAGAGAGAGCAUUGAAGCUUACGCAGCAACAGCUGAGAAAUUGGCUAAAGAGAUGACAGAGAUUCUAGCUGAGAAUCUGGAUGUUUCCUCCACUUACUUUCAAGAGAAUUGUCUGCCGGAAACUAAUUAUCUUCGAAUGAACAGAUAUCCUCCAUGUCCAUUCUAUUCUGAGGUGUUUGGCAUACUGCCUCAUACCGAUAGCUGUUUCGUCAAUGUAUUAAUUCAAGACCAGAUUGGAGGAUUGCAACUUUGGGUAAAUGGAGAAUGGAUUAGCGUUAAACCUCAUCCAGAAGCUCUACUAAUUAAUCUUGGUGACUUAUUUCAGGUUAACUUGGUUGGGUCAACCUAUUCGAGUCAAAACUGGGUCAAUUAG